UGUCAUCACUCAUAGAGCUUGCACUCAUUAUUCAGCAAGCUUGAAGAUAUCGUCUGUUGCUAACUUUGGCCGUGCUCUUGACUGUUCAAUUGGUCAACAUAGAAGAUGGUCGAGUUCCGUUAAGAAUGGAGCAUGAUGCGGACUGGACGUCUGAGAGCAGUUUGGAUUCAGAUGAAUUAUCAGUGUUGCCACCAUUAGUGAUAUGGACAAGUAAAACGCCAUUGCCAUUGUCAUGUUUCGUAUCACCAUGGUGUGCCAAGUCUCGCGCGUCACCACACUGAGAUCGGUCAUGGAAAUAACAUAGUGACCUCUGAAACGUCUUCUGUGGAUUAUCCACAACGGCAUAGCUCGAUAUCCAGGCUGGACAAUUCACAGCACGGCUAUUCUCCAGUAGAUUUCUUUCUGCUUCCUGAGCCAGUCGUCAUCGCUACACCACGUAGCGAAGUCCAGAGCAAGAACCAAAAAGAUGCUGAAGCUUCAGCAUCAGCUUCUUGCAACACUGACUUGGAGCCGCCAACGUCAACAGGCAGAAUGCUAAAACGAUAUCUCCCCACAUCUAUUCCACAAGUCCGCUCUUCCCUAACUGGUCCAGACCACUACGCCGCUCCAGAAGGGACACGUGACUCGCCUAAUGACGAAUCGUCCAUCCAUUCUGUUGACUUUGACCUGAAUCAACAGAGUAUAGGUAAUAUUAGCGAUAAUUCGGUAUCUCCCCAAUGCACUGGUGAACUUGUAUCUGAAAAACCACACAAACCAACUGGAGGAAACUUGGUGAAAUGUAAGCUGUGUGGAAGGGCAUUUUCUAACCAGUCUAGUCUUACUAGACAUGAACGCACGCAUCACAACCAGAAACGUUUCAAGUGCAAGAAGUGUGAAAAGUCAUUCUGUUAGAAUUGGAGACUAAAACUUCAUGAACGUACGCACUCUGGAGAGAAACCAUACAAGUGUAAGGUUUGCGCAAAGUCGUUCAGCCAAAGUUCCAAUCUUUUGCGUCAUCAACGCAUCCACAAACCAACAGCAAGAGAUGCAUUAAAUAUCAAUGUUAAGGAGGGAGCUAGCAAAUCAGCGCAGGACUUCAGAAGAAAUGCGGGUAUUCCAUCACUGCCUGUCGCUUUCCUGGUGUCCAAGGAACCCAACAGUUUACGCAAACAACCUAUUGACACCGAACUGAAGGAUACUGGAGAGAGGCCAUACGAGUGUAACUUGUGUGACAAGUCAUUCAAGACGAAACCAAAUCUCACAGAGCAUCAACGCAUCCAUACUGGUGAGAAACCUUACAAAUGUAAAGUAUGUGGCAAAGCAUUCCGGCAAACGUCAGCUCUCGUAUAUCAUCAUCGAAUCCACACUGAGGAGAAACCAUUUCGUGUAAGAAAUGUGGAAAGUCUUUCACUACGACAUCCGGCCUAACAGUUCAUGAACAGAUCCAUCCCUAAGAGAACCUGAUCAAGUGCCAG